AAGGAAUCUGGCCCAUCGGCUUUUCCAGCAUCUGUUCUGCAGUACAGAAUGCACUUGUGCCUCCAGGGAAAGAAAGUAUCCAUGUGAACAGAGAUGGGGCUGUCUGCAGCGAGCGGCCCCGGAGGACAGCGCCCGCAUGGUACCCGCCGGGUGUCUGCAGCGAGAGGCCCCGGAGGACAGCGCCCGCGUGGUACCCGCCGGGUGUCUGCAGCGAGCGGCCCCGGGGGAGAGAGCCCGCGUGGUACCCGCCGGGUGUCUGCAGCGAGCGGCCCCGGAGGACAGCGCCCGCGUGGUACCCGCCGGGUGUCUGCAGCGAGAGGCCCCGGAGGACAGCGCCCGCGUGGUACCCGCCGGGUGUCUGCAGCGAGCGGCCCCGGGGGACAGCGCCCGCGUGGUACCCGCCGGGUGUCUGCAGCGAGAGGUCCCGGGGGACAGCGCCCGCGUGGUACCCGCCGGGUGUCUGCAGCGAGAGGCCCCGGGGGAGAGCGCCCGCGUGGUACCCGCCGGGUGUCUGCAGCGAGAGGCCCCGGAGGACAGCGCCCGCGUGGUACCCGCCGGGUGUCUGCAGCGAGAGGCCCCGGAGGAGAGCGCCCGCGUGGUACCCGCCGGGUGUCUGCAGCGAGAGGCCCCGGAGGACAGCGCCCGCGUGGUACCCGCCGGGUGUCUGCAGCGAGAGGCCCCGGAGGACAGCGCCCGCGUGGUACCCGCCGGGUGUCUGCAGCGAGAGGUCCCGGGGGAGAGCGCCCGCGUGGUACCCGCCGGGUGUCUGCAGCGAGAGGCCCCGGGGGACAGCGCCCGCGUGGUACCCGCCGGGUGUCUGCAGCGAGCGGCCCCGGGGGAGAGCGCCCGCAUGGUACCCGCCGGGUGUCUGCAGCGAGAGGCCCCGGAGGACAGCGCCCGCGUGGUACCCGCCGGGUGUCUGCAGCGAGCGGCCCCGGAGGACAGCGCCCGCGUGGUACCCACCAGCAGCCAUUGGACAUGAACAGUGGCACAGCCAGAAGGCCAUUUCCAGCUGUUAUACCCACCACCUGCCCAUGGUGGAAAUCCCCUUGGCAAGUGCCAGCACUUUGUCGUCAGCCCCCUUGCUGGGGUCCGCACCUGUGGG